AGCUUUGUCAGCGAUCAAGACUAGUUGAUCGUGGCGUCGGUCAGGACGACAUCCACCCGCGUGAGCUGUGCUGGUGAACACGCCAAGUCUAAGACAUGGUGGAGCUGCAGGAUGUUCUCAGUGAGGGGACCAACGACACCUUUUCCGAGAGUAUGGAAGCGGACGUGAUCUCAGAGGCUGCCGAUGCACGUGAUGGUGCCUCUUCCUCGCGCUCGCCCUUGCGUCGGAGGCUUCCGGCUCCAGCAGCCUGGUGUUGGCAUGGCGACCGAUGCCAACGAGUAGGUUGCCAUUUCCGGCACCCGCAGGUGCUCAAAGAGAGGAUUUCCCGCUCCUCUGGCUCCGGCGACCGCUGCAUCCGCCGUAUCCGCCGCGUGCGCCGUGUGCGCCGCGGGCGCCGCGGCACACGUGGCACCAGUGCCACGCGCUGUGGCCGCGAAGCAGAGCGGUGCCGGAGGCGGCGCCGGAGGCGGCGCAGUCACCGUGGGGUGGAUGAGGACAUGGAGGUGGAUGAAGAUGGAGAGAUGGAAGAGACCUUGGAAGAGAAGCUGCCAGCGAAGUCUGGUCCAGGUCACGCAAGUGAGUCGGAGUUCCGACGCUUCAUGCGGGAGCACGCCGUGGAAACCACUUCGGAGAAGGUUGCCAAGCUACUCGAGAGCAUCAAGGACAGCGGGUGGUUCUAUGACAUGUACAACCCCAUGGCUCAGCUGCGCUGCUAUGACCUACGCAGAGGGCAAGUUCUAGCCAAUGCGGCGCUUUUUAUGUCUGAUCUCCGCCUAGGAAGGUACGCAGGGCUGAGUUUACGCGCAGUUCGCCCACGUGUGGGCUCUUUCUGUGGCGUGGCAGGGCAUUUGCAGCCGCCGGAGUUUGCCUUCGACCCCAAUGUGGGCAGCUUGCUGAUCCGUGCCCUGCCGAAGGCUGUGAGUGUUUGGGAGAUCAUCGAGGUAAUCCAGGACUGCUCGGGUUUUUGCACCGCCUCGUGGUCCUGGAAAAACUCGGAAAGGAGGAUCCACGCAAGGUUCAGCACCUGUCGCGAGGCGCGCGCGGCGGCGGACGAGCUCAUCGCGGGUGCCGCUUCUCAGCGGCUGCUGCGGGAGAAGGAUGGCCAGAUCACCGGGGUGGCGGAGCUCUGCCGUCCCGAGCAGACUGAAGCUCUGAUCGUGCUGCCCCCUGAGAUGUCCACGCCGGAGCGGGUGCAAAAGGAUCAAGCCUUAUCGGCAGAGG